UGCACGUUCGCGGCGAGGGAAAGAAAACUUUGAAUUCUACGAAUUAGCCAAACUGCUCCCUCUUCCUGCAGCCAUUACUAGUCAGCUGGACAAGGCAUCCAUCAUCCGUCUGACCAUCAGCUACCUGAAGAUGAGAGACUUCGCCAACCAGGGAGACCCCCCUUGGAACCUGCGCAUGGAAGGGCCGCCUCCAAAUACCUCUGUGAAAGGGUCCCAGAGGAGAAGAAGUCCAAGCUCUCUGGCUAUUGAUGUGUUUGAUUCACAUUUGGGAAGCCACAUCCUUCAGUCUCUGGACGGAUUUGUAUUUGCACUAAACCAAGAAGGAAAAUUUUUGUACAUUUCGGAGACUGUGUCCAUCUACCUUGGCUUGUCUCAGGUGGAGCUUACAGGGAGCAGCAUGUUUGAUUAUGUGCACCCGGGGGACCAUGUGGAGAUGGCAGAGCAGCUUGGCAUGAAACUUCCCCCAGGUCGGGGACUUCUUUCUCAUAGUGCCAAUGAUGAUGGAGCCAGCUCAGCAUCCUCAUCCUCACAGUCUGAGACUCCAGAGCCUGUGGAGUCUGCCAGCCCUGGGACUCUCCCUCAGGAUAACACGUUAGAGCGUUCCUUCUUUAUUCGCAUGAAAUCCACUCUGACCAAGAGAGGUGUUCACAUCAAAUCUUCGGGUUACAAGGUGAUUCAUGUGACAGGACGGCUUCGGCUCCGCGUGUCUUUGUCUCAUGGACGUUCUGGUUCUGGCCAGGUGAUGGGUCUCGUAGUUGUUGCUCAUGCGCUUCCUCCCCCAACAAUCAAUGAAGUCCGAAUUGACUGCCACAUGUUUGUAACCCGGGUCAACAUGGACCUCAAUAUUAUAUACUGUGAAAAUAGAAUCAGCGAUUAUAUGGACCUCAAUGCUGUGGACUUGAUGGGCAAGAGAUGCUAUCACUUUAUUCAUGCUGAGGAUGUAGAGGGUAUCAGGCACAGCCAUUUGGAUUUGCUAAACAAAGGGCAAUGUGUGACCAAGUAUUACCGCUGGAUGCAGAAGAAUGGGGGCUACAUUUGGGUGCAGUCCUGUGCUACCAUCGCCAUCAAUGCCAAGAAUGCCAAUGAGCGCAACAUCAUUUGGGUUAACUACAUACUCAGCUUGCAAGAAUACAAGGACACCCCAAUGGAUAUUGCACAGCUUCCGCACUUGCCUGAAAAGACAUCAGAAUCUUCAGAGACAUCUGACUCGGAUACAGACUCCAAGGAUAAUUCAGAAGACAAUGAGAACCCCAAGUCAGAUGGUAAGGGCAAUCUUUCAGAGCAGAGUGAGGAUCCAGAGCCCGACCGCAAGCAGCCAGGACCACACUCAGAUCCUGAUAUGAACUGUGAUGAGGACGCCAACAGCUCCAGCGAUGCUUGCAGUGAGGAAAGUGAAGAGAGUGAGGACUGUGAGCUUAGGAAGGCAGAAGAAGAAAUGGAACAAGGUGGACUUGGACCUCUUGGAGGCAUAAGUGCACUUGGGGCAAUGGGCCCUAUGCACAUCAAGGUGGAAAGAUACACUGAGAGUGAGACAGAUGUGCAUGGACCAGAGUCCCUGAGUUCUGACAGUGCUAAGGACUCUGAAAGUGUAGAAGAGGAGGAGGAUGAAGAGAGGGGAGUACGAGUCACUGGGUUGUUGAGCAGACACCAGAGAAGAAAAAGGAGGCGGAGAAAUGGUGCUGGGCCUUGCGGAGGGCGCAGGAGGCGUCUUUCUGGUGGCUCUAGUCCAGGAGGUAUAGAAAGUGCAUUGGGAGAUCCCCCAAGAUUGCUUCCCACCAGCCCUCCUCCCACAGGCAGCUGCUCUUCUUCCUCUGUGUUGAAAAUUAAAACGGAAAUGUCAGAGCCAAUUAACUUUGAUAAUGACAGCAGCAUUUGGAAUUUUCCCCCAAACCGUGAGAUCUCUCGCAAUGAAUCCCCCUACAGUAUGACCAAGCCUCCUACAGGGGGUGAGCACUUCUCUCCUUCUCCCUCUUCUGCUGCUGCCCCCCCAGCCCUCCAUGUCUCCAUCCCGGACUCUGUUCUCACACCCCCAGGAGGGGCAGAGGGAGCCGGACGUAGUAAAUCUCAGUUUGCUGGACCCUCAGGUGGCCUGGCUCCAGUCAACUCAGACCCCCUGUCCCCUCCACUGUCUGCCUCCCCCAGAGAGAAGCUCCCCCAGUCAGGUGGUCCCUCUAAUUCCCUACUGUAUGCAGGGGAGCUGGAGGCUCUACAGAGGCUUCAGGCAGGCAAUGUGGUCUUGCCUCUAGUGCACCGCGUGGCAGGAACACUAGCGGCCACAGGAAGCAGUGGACAGAGGGUGUACACUACGGGCACCAUCCGCUAUGCCCCAGCAGAGGUAACACUAGCCAUGCAGGGCAAUCUCCUCCCAAAUGCCCACCCUGUGAACUUUGUAGAUGUGAAUGGCCCGGGCUUUGGACUGGACCCUAAAACCCCUAUGGAGAUGUUGUAUCAUCACGUGCAUCGGUUAAAUAUGUCUGGGCCAUUUGGAGGAGCUGUCACAGGCGCUGGCCUCACCCAGGUGCCUGCCGCCAGCGUCUUUACCACUGCUGAGGGUAUUUUCUCCUCCCUCCCAUUCCCAGUAUACAGCAAUGGUAUUCACUCAGCACAGACUCUAGAACGGAAAGAGGACUGAGAGACCAGAGGAAAUGAUUGAGAGAUGGAGGAGGAGAAGGACAGACUUCAGAGAGUACUGGAGAAAGGACAUUAUAAUGGAAUGUAGAUGAAUGUACUGGUAUGAGGGGCAGCUUAAAACUGCCCUUAAGUCUCCUCCACUGUUGUCUAAUCCAAAGCCGUUAUGGGAGGGGGUCUUUCCAAGUCAGUCAAAUGUGUAAUGAUCCUCCUCAAAGCAUUCUGGGACCAGAAGCACUGUCUUCCGCACCACACUUCACGGCUGCAAAGUAUCCCAGUCCCUUCUCCCAUUUUGCGGCUUUGGUUUAGGUAACCGGUACCUCUCAUGGGGACCGCGGCACUGUGCCCGCUGCUCCGUUGUUUUGAGGAAGGGGCAGCGGCUGUGUUCUGAUCCUUUACAACCUAAAAUAUUCCAGCACUUUGACUCACAUCUAGAAUUGCCCCUGGAAUCCUUAACGAGCCCCCUCAUCCCCUCUUUUAACCCCCCCUUUAACAAUGUUCCAAGGUAUAGAUCACAGGUUCCCAUUUAGAUUGUUUCUUUGUGAUUUUGGGAUCUGUCCCUCCUUACUGCUUGAGUUUAUAGAGAUUAAUACAUUUGCUGCCCGAGGGACCACAUUGGCAGUGCACUGUAAGGGGUUCAUACUACUUGCACUACAGUUUACUAUAACUUCUUUGUCCUGAAAUGACUGCUCUGUAAUAUGUCCCUAGCCCCUACAGCACUAUAAGGGUAAAACAGGCUCUAAGAUUGGUGUGGAUUAAUGAACCAAGAUACCUUGCCACAUGGCAUUUGUCCCUGUAUUUAUUAACAUACACAUACAUGCGUGUCACAUGCAGGAAAGAAAGUACUUCCCAUCCAAAACUCUCACCCAUUACAAGGUGGGUUUUAUCUACAAUUUUCUUUCCUACAACACAAAAGUGAUAGGCAGAAUAGUUUGUAGGAAAUAGUAACUAUUCAAGUCAAUGUGUAAACUGUUUGCCAGGUCUGAGAGAGGCACAGCCCUAUUAAGUUGUCUAACUCAUGUCUACUUAUGACCAGAUGUCCCAGGGCUCUGUGCCAUAUUGCAAGCACACUAAAUGUAGUGCCUGUGAAAUAAAUACCUCCUAUACUGCAAUUAAAUACUUCUCAGUCUCUCAUCCUAAAUAGGCCACUAUGGAAAUAUAAGGAUUAUAGGAAAAGUUUAGGGUAUCUGUUUUUUUUCUCUGUUUGAAUGACUUAUCUGCCUCCUUGCAUAGGAUAUUAUAACUAAUAGAGAAUGGGGAAUGUUAAUUAUUUGAUGCUCAAAGAACCUAAUCUUCAAAAAUCAGGAGACAAAUGGGAUUUUUUGUUUUGUUUAUAGUGAGCUGAAGCACUUGAAUGGUUAACUGAUCAUGUUAGCAAAUUGAUCACAAUCCUUUAGGAAAUCUUAUCAAAUUAUUUAUCUACAAAAAUCCCCAUAUACUUUAAUAGUGAAUUUUGUAGAAAAAUAAUUAGAUAAACCUUUCUAAACGAUUUGGAUCUACCUCAUGGUUAGAAGGUGUUGGUAUAGGACCUAUAAUAAGGAAGGCUAUGAGCAGCAGUAGUGAGAGGAUUUAAAUGAUCAGGGUGAACUGGCGUUAGGGUGUGAGUUAUAUGCAUACAUGGGAAUUAUCACACUGAGCACACCUUAAAGGGACAUGAAACACAAUUUUUCUUUGAUGAUUGAGAUAGAGCAUGUGAUUUUAAACAACUUUCCAAUUUAUCUCUAUUAUCUAAUUUGUUUUGUUCUCUUUGUUGAAAAGCUCAAGAGGUGCUGAUUGGUGGCUGCACAUACAUGCCUCAUGUUAUUGGCUCACCGAUGUGCACUGCUGUUUCUUCAACAAAGGAUAACAAGAGAAUGAAGCAAAUUAGUUAGAAGUAAAUUGGAAAGUUGUUUAAAAUGAAAUAUUCUAUCUAAACUUUAUCAUAAUAUAAAAAUUUGGUUUCAUGCCCUCUUUAAGUCUUGGAGGGAAGUAAACACUUUUGUUUUCAAAGUACAGCUUUGAAUUAGCCACAAACUCACACUCAAACAGACAAAAACACCCCCAGACCUGACAUUUUCACUAAUUUACAUAUACAGGAACAUCGGUCAACACUUUAAUACCCAUUUGAGGCUUAGAGAUGGACUAUUACAUUCAGAAUAAUGGACUGUGACAUUCCAGAGACCCAUAUACAAAGAGAUUCCUGUACACACUACUUUUCAGAACAACAUUUUGUACAUCAUUGGCCUAUAUAUUCUUAAUAACAAGCCUUAGAACAGGUAUAUAACCAGCUAUCCCAAGAGACAGGUAUAUGGCUAGGAACACAAAUAAAUAGGUGAGAUAUCUGACCAGUCAUUCCUUAUAUAUAUAUAUGCUGCAAGUAUAAAGCCAAUAAUCAUAAUUAUUCAUAGUCACCAUCUUUCAUAACUUUAUCCCCUUUUAGUUUGCUUAUUUUAUGGUAUUCCCUGUGAAUGUUUACAGGCUCCAUCUCUAAUUUUGUAUUGCCCUCUGUUUUUUGUACCCAUUGCUCUGUCACUUAACACCACCAACCUGUUGUGUGUCCAGCUAGUCAUUUUGUGUUUUAUUUCCUCUGGAUCCCCUUCUGAUUUUAUUUUUACUGAUUUUGCUGCUGCCUUCUCUGAGCCGACCAUUUUGUGAAGAGAGAUAGGAGAAGUUAGGAUAGUUAAUAAUGAAUUUGUAUUAGGAGUUUAGAGGAUUUGCUACGUAUAGCAAACUGGAGAACAUUAUAACGAGCUGCUUAAGAAAAAAAGGAAUCACUUAAGAUUCUGAGAAAAACAUGACUUUGGGUUAUGCUUAUAGUAAAUCUAAUGUUGAAUGUCAGUGAUCAUUGUUACCUCAUCUCUAAUAUUAGGGAGAAUUUAAAGGUGUAUUAUGAAGGAUAAAACAGCUAGGGAUUAUGUUAUAUGUUUAUUUAAAGCAAUUAGCACAAAAUAAGAUGUUGCACUGUUUAGUAAAGAGUUCUGCCAGCUCUGUGUAUAUGACUAAAACGUUUGUGGUGUCUGUAAUACGUUCUUUUAUAAUGGUGGAGUUUCAGACGUCAUAUUUGUUAAUGAAUGUAUCAUAGUUUUGCAAUGGUAGGAAGCGCCAGUGCUCAAGUGCCAAUCAGUGUCUGUAAUAUUACCAAGAUAAUCAUUGUCAUCCUUAAAUAUAUGCUGCUGACUUACCAUGUAUGAUUAAAAUGCAUUAUUACAUUAAUCUGUAUAGUAAUAUCAAGAGGGGUGUGAACGUUGUAGCAGGGGAGACAUUGCAGAGCUCUGAAAUGCCCCAAACAAAAUCUGUGAACAUCCUUUGAGUCAUUGAAUCAUAGACUAGUGUAAUGUGACUCUAAAUUGAAAGUUGUCACUGUUCCCCUGUAUGAUAAUGUAUCAUUACAGGUGGAAUAAAGUAAAUCUAAAGCUUACCCAGUUUCCUCAGGGGUUAUUUACCCAUAAGCCAACUACUCCCAUACCUAAGGUAGCAUCAGUUGAGGAGGCAGCAGAAAUCACUUGGGACUAUUUAACAUAAAGUAUCUUUAUUGCUUUAACCUUUUGUUGUAAUGACACCCCACAUAGUACAUGUGCAAAAUAACCUAGCUACUGUCAUCUAGCAAAGUGGAAGAGAAGCCUCAGUGUGGGGGAAGUAGAUAAAAAAAUAAGUUGUAGAGGUGUUAGAUGAGGCGUAGGCUAAUAUAAAUCCUAAACAUGUUCCUCAUCCAGCUUCACCUUAAUAACCCCUCCAGUGCUUCACUCAUUGCAGCAAUCUUACCUCUUUCUUUAAGUGCUAGAAUGUCUCCAGUAUCAAGGCGGCAGCUAUAAGGGCAUUCCAUAUAGAGGGAGGAGUCUUUCAAAUUUCAGAUUACAAUACUAGCUCUCAUGUCCCACUUGAUCGUUACAUGUCCCUAGCAGGGGUCUCUAGAAAUUUACAGCAGUGUUAUUAACCUAUCCCCUAUGUUUGCCCCUUAUUUUUUAUUUCAUUCUUUCCCUGUAUGUGCCGUAAUGUCACACUACGCUUUCAAAUCCACGUUCAGAACCAGUUCUACUUGAGAAUGAAAUAUAUGUUAUAUAUCCACAAAUAUAUAUUUAUAUAUAUAUAUCUAUCCCAGUAUGGAGGGGGGAUUACAACAAAAUUGAAAAGUGAAUUGCUAACAAGACAGAGAGAAAAAAACUUUUUCCAACUUAAUGGAAAAUUAAAAAGGGGGAUUUUUUCUAUUUCCUUUUUUUCCCGUCCAUGUGGCAGCUUAUCUGUAAACAUCCAAUACCAGGUGUGAGACUCUGUAUCGUGUUGCUUUGUGUAUAAAAAAAAAGUCAAAAAAGGAAAAUGGUAAAAAAAAAAAAGGAAAAAAAUUUCCAAGUGUCUUUCUAGCUGUCAGUCUCAUUCCAAUUUCAGCGUGUUACAAUAUACAGUAUAUUCUAAGCUAAUGUGAGUGUUGAUAUCUGUCGUCUUUCUCUGUGCUAUGAAAUCUGUAGUCCGGUCUGUCACGUUCUUUACUCCCUGUGUGUCAGUGAAUCGGUGGUACCUGGGGGCUCGUGGAUGUUCGUAUAGUGGCAACACUGCUUUCACUGUCAGUACACCCUAUGGGUAAUUUUGCUCUUUAUUUUUUGAUUUGCCAAUCGCUUUUACUGUUGUGAAAUUUCAAUACUGUCUUAACUACUGUUCUGUAACUUCACCUGUGUCCUGUGUCCGUCUCUCCCAUAAAAACCUUUCCAAAAGGAAGCCUGCAUAUGUUGUGUGAGAGAGGGAAGGGCGUUGCCAUGUUUUCUCUUUGCCAUGUUUUCUCACAUUGUCCAUCCAUUUCCGGGGCACUUUUAUCUCUACAGAGAGCCUGGAAAUGGGUGUAAACAAUAGUGGGUUUUACAACUAUCUAUGUUCUCUUUUAUACACAUACACAAUACAUGCAUGCACCACUGUCUCUGGCAGAGGACAAGUCAAUAAUAAAUCUGAGAUUUCCCCCCAUUAAAAUUAAUGCUAACGUUCAAUAUCUUUAUAUAUCAUUAACCCAUUUUAUGUUGUGGUCUCCUUAAUGUUUUCUCCACUUUGACAAUAAAAUAUAUACAUCAUUUUUAAAUCAAGCAUUUUUCGACUUUCAUUUGGAUGCAUUAUUUCCAUACAGUUUGGCACGUGACAAUACGUAGUCUCAUUUUACUUACUCCCCUCGAGUGUCUUACUGCACUGACAGAAAUAUGCCAGGGCCCCUGUGGCCCUCUUUCUACAAGUUUCCAUUUUGAUAUGUCCAGAAGGCAACAAUUCUUAUUUUCUUGUUAAUACUAAAUCUCUGCCAGAGAACAGACCAGUAACCCCAGGGUCUAGAUGUAUCUGGAGCUAGAACCUAUACAUCUAUGGAGUUACAUUCUAGUAUAACUCCUUUCUUUUAAGAAGGACAAUGUGGCUGAACACAUUAAUACCUAUAAUGUCUCACUUCAAAGGUUUGCAUUUUAUCCCUUGUCUUCCAUCUUUGUUUCCUGUUUUAUUUUUUCUUCCAGUUUCUUUUUCUGUUAUGUUUUUUUAUUUCUGGAAUUUUUAAAAAUAAAUGUUUGUGUUGUGUCAAAAGAUUAAAAAAUAAUAAUAUUAAUAAUAUUAAUAAACUAUUGAAAAAUUCUGGUUAUUUCAGUUAAGCGAAUUUAACAGCUGCUUUCAAAAUAAAUUGUCUGACAAUUUGCAAAAAGAAUGACAAAAAAAGUCAUUUUUUAUUUGUGACAAUGUGUCUGUGUUUUUAACUAUUUCUUGUACAAUAAUAAGAGAUCUUUAUGAGGUUGGUGCCAUGUUUGGUGAAUAUAUAAAAGGAAGAAAGGAGAAAUAAUAUAAAAUAGAAAGAACUGUUCCUGUGAACCUAAGCAGUGUUACCAACUUAAACGUUAAAAAAAAUACAUAUUAUAUAUAUUAAAACGUUUAAAAAGUGCGAAAGUUAUGGGUACGUUUUAUUGUGUUUUAAAAACUAACUCAGUUUAACUCGACGUGCCUCAUCUGUUGUAUAAAAAAGAGAGAACAUUAUUUUUCCAUUAACCAUCAAAUUAAUAAGGUGCAGAAAAAUGGUGAAAUGAGCAAAAAAUCUGUACAUAAUUUCAUUUUUUUUAAAACAAGGUUCUUUUUAUACUUUUGUAGGCCUGCUUACACACCAUACAUACUGUCUUUUAUGUAAAUUAAUUUUUUGAUUCAUCUGGCAGGUACCAUUUUCAUAAUAAACUUUACAUUUUGGAUUUGUU